UCAAAGUUCUUUGAGGUGAGAAAACAAAGGGCAGUAACUAUUGUCAAAUUGCAGCCAGAUCAGUUCUUAUUUUUAGGCUUCAUGACAGUGUAAGAAGUACAACUACAGGGCCAAUCCUGCUUGCAUUGAAGUUAAUGGAGCAUUCACUUUGGUAGGAGCAGAACUGGAUGCUAAUAUUGCAGGUAAUUCUUUAUGAUGGCAACUUUCUAAGGAGUUUGUACCGCAUACUGCAGAGGAAGAGCGUCAACUAACAUAAGCUGUUCGGCCAUCACAAACUACUGAAAUAAGUAUUGAUAAUAUUUGUAAUUUCCUGCUAAUUUCCAGAAAUAGGUGCGACUAUAAAUAUUAAUAUAAAAUUUAUUUUUAUCAUGAUAUUUCACCUUCAUCAUCACUGUCUGCUUCCCCCAUACCUCUGCGGGGAUAUAAAGUAGAAUUAGAAGCAUCUUAAUAAUUUGUUCCUUUUAGCAGUUUUGACAAAAUGCUAAACUUCAGAGGUGGACAUUUUUCUUAUGAAUUAUAGGUAAAACUAUUUUUGAACAAACUCCAUACCUCAAACAGCUUAACAAAACAAAAGCAACAAAAACGCGUACCAAUUUCCUGUAUGUUAAAAUUGCAGUUUACCUCACUCUUAGGAAUAAUUUAAUAACUUCAGAGUGAUAGUUUAGAGCAGCAGUGACUAACAGUGACCAUUACGGGAGGGAUUUGACUAGAGGGGGCCAAAGCUGGAACUGCAGACAUCUUGUCAUGAGAAGCUGAUUGAGACUCAAACUUUUUCACAUUGACUGCACCUUUAACCCCCAGUGCUACAAUUAUUAAACAAAAAAUUGAACUUGGAUCUCAAACACUCUCGUGCAAAAGACUGACACAUAACAGUCAGGAUUUGAAGUGUAGUAUAUCUUGUUUCAUGCAGAUAUUCAACAGUUCAAAUCAGAGGUGCCAUGUUGGGGCCCACCUGAGAGAAAGGUAAACUCACAGCUCAACUUUUAAGACCUGGCACUGGGUAUAGCAGUGGACUGCAGAUUCUAGAACCACUGCAGACUGCUCAAAUUUUCCCAUGGCACAAUAGUUAACUUUGCUUGGUUUAAAGCCUAAUGAAUUCCAAUUUUAGAUACCAUAAUGAAGCUAAGCUCAAGAUAAAAUCAAGUAUUGUUUGUGUCAGUGUUGUAUGAGCACUUGUGUGAUCUUUGAGUCAUGUAGCUAAAAAAUACAUAUAAGGAAACUUCAGUUGCUUACCUAGUCCAGUUAGGAUUUCAUUUACUAAUGGCUUUUAAAAAAUUUAAUUAGCCUAUUAUGCAGAGUUUUUAUGACUUCCUGCCUUUCUUUUAUUUUUGUUUGUUAUUCUUUCCUUUUUUCAAUUAUUGGUUUGUUUGUAAUCUUAAUAGCCCUAUUAAUCCAUAGAUCAGAGUAUGACUAAAAAAGCAGCUGCUGCUGAGCCUGAUAAACAUGUCAGUGCUGCUACCACAGCUAGACCGUUGGUACAAACACUGCCAUUAAGGACAACUGUUAAUAAUGGAACCGUGUUACCAAAGAAACCAAGUGGCUCUCUACCUUCCCCAUCAGGAACCAGGAAGGAAACUGUGUCACCAGCAACAAAGAGUACUGUCAAAAGAACCAGCUCAGCUGAACGUGUAUCCCCAGGAGGUCGAAGGGAAAGCUAUGGAGAUUCCAAAGGCAGCCGCAAUCGCACUGGAUCCACCAGCAGUUCUUCUAGUGGUAAAAAGAACAGUGAGAACAAACCCAAGGAACCAAUGUUCAGUGCAGAAGAAGGAUAUGUAAAAAUGUUUCUGCGUGGACGUCCUGUUACCAUGUACAUGCCCAAAGAUCAAGUGGAAUCUUACAAUUUGGAAGCAAAAGUAGAACUACCAGCCAAGAGGCUUAAACUGGAAUGGGUCUAUGGGUAUAGGGGUCGGGACUGUCGCAGUAACCUAUACCUACUUCCAACGGGCGAAACUGUGUAUUUCAUUGCAUCAGUAGUUGUGUUAUACAAUGUUGAAGAACAACUUCAGAGACAUUACACUGGUCACAAUGAUGAUGUGAAGUGCCUAGCUGUCCAUCCUGACCGGAUCACCAUAGCAACGGGUCAGGUUGCAGGUACCUCUAAGGAUGGAAAACCAUUACCACCCCAUGUACGUGUUUGGGAUUCUGUUACUUUGAAUACACUGCAUAUCAUUGGGAUGGGCUUUUUUGACCGAGCUGUCACCUGCAUUGCUUUUUCUAAGUCUAAUGGAGGAAGUAACCUUUGUUCGGUGGAUGAUUCAAAUGACCAUGUGCUUUCUGUAUGGGACUGGCAGAAGGAAGAGAGGCUGGCAGAUGUCAAGUGUUCUAAUGAGGCGGUAUUUGCAACAGAUUUUCAUCCUACAGACACAAAUAUAAUAGUUACCUGUGGAAAAUCACACCUUUACUUUUGGACAUUAGAAGGGAACUCCCUUAUUAAAAAGCAAGGAUUAUUUGAGAAACAAGAGAAGCCAAAGUUUGUCCUGUGUGUGACCUUUUCUGAAAAUGGUGAUACAAUUACAGGAGACUCAAGUGGAAACAUCUUAGUUUGGGGAAAAGGUACAAAUAGAAUAAGCUAUGCACUUCAAGGAGCCCAUGAGGGUGGCAUUUUUGCACUUUGUAUGCUGCGAGAUGGUACACUGGUAUCAGGAGGUGGAAAAGACAGAAAACUAAUAUCUUGGAAUGGGAAUUAUCAAAAACUUCACAAGACUGAGAUUCCAGAGCAGUUUGGUCCAAUAAGAACAGUAGCAGAAGGGAAAGGUGAUGUUGUAUUGAUAGGCACUACUAGAAACUUUGUUCUACAAGGCACUCUAUCAGGAGACUUUUUUCCAAUUACCCAGGGUCACACUGAUGAGCUAUGGGGACUAGCCAUCCAUCCCUCUAAACCUCAGUUUUUCACUUGUGGACAUGACAAACACAUUACUCUCUGGGAUGCUACUAGUCAUCGUCCUGUCUGGAACAAAAUUAUAGAGGAUCCAGCACAGUCUUCUGGUUUUCAUCCUUCAGGGUCUGUUGUUGCAAUAGGAACACUAACUGGAAGGUGGUUUGUGUUUGACACAGAAACAAAAGAUUUGGUCACUGUACACACAGAUGGAAAUGAACAGCUGUCUGUAAUGCGUUAUUCACCAGAUGGAAACUUCUUGGCAAUAGGUUCCCAUGACAACAGUAUCUAUAUAUAUGGUGUUAAUGAAAAUGGGAGAAAAUAUAGUAGAAUUGGCAAAUGCUCAGGUCAUUCCAGCUUCAUUACUCACUUGGACUGGUCUGUUAAUUCACAGUACCUUGUGUCCAAUUCAGGGGACUAUGAAAUCUUAUACUGGAUCCCCUCUUCUUGUAAACAAGUAGUGAGUGUUGAGACUACUAGAGAUAUAGAAUGGGUUACCUACACCUGUACUUUAGGAUUCCAUGUUUUUGGUGUAUGGCCAGAAGGUUCAGAUGGAACAGACAUCAAUGCUGUCUGUCGAUCACAUGAAAGAAAACUGCUAUCAACAGGGGAUGAUUUUGGCAAAGUACAUCUCUUCUCUUAUCCGUGUUCACAAUUUAGGGCUCCGAGCCAUGUGUAUGGUGGACAUAGUAGUCAUGUAACUAAUGUAGAUUUUCUGUGUGAAGACACCCAUCUCAUCUCCACGGGUGGAAAAGAUACAAGUAUUAUGCAGUGGCGAGUCAUUUAGAGGAAACAUCGGUGUGAACACACACAGUCAUGAGAUGACCACGCACAGAAGUUCUGUACAAACUGUAUAUUUAAAACUUAAACAGUACAUUUGCAGUUUAGCCUGGUCACUGUGAUUCUGUUUUAAAAUUCUUACAGACCUCAGGAAAAUUAAGCCCUGUGCUGGUUAUCUUACUCAGUUUAGUGAUUCAUUAAGUAUCACUCCUAAAGAAUGAGCUAUAUUUUUUCUUUUGUUGUACAAUAUAUGCAGCAGUACAAGUUUAAUAUAAAAACGUGGCUUGAAAGUUUUCAAUACAGUGAUAUCAGCAGAACUGGUGACUGUCGUAACUGUUUUCUACAAACUCUACUAAAAUGGUCACAAAAAUGCCUUUCAGAAAACUGUAUAUACAUGCUUAAUUGUCUCACUGUCUACACUUUGUACUGUAUAUCUACCUAUUUAGAAAAAUCUAUGGCAACAUUGAGGUACUGAAUUGUUUCUCGUGGAUGGUGAUGAAUUCAUACUAAAGGAAUAAACCUAGCUAGAAGACACAAUAAUUAACAUGUUAGAUAUGAAAAUGUGAAUGUUAGAAUUCAGUAAUUUGCAUUUUCUUUGGGAAUAACAAAUCUUUAAAUUCCACCAGUGAGGAACUGUAUUCUCUUUCAAAUCAGCAGGUUAUACUCCAGUUUAACUUGAAUAUCUCAAAAGGGUUUACAGACGUUUAUCUAGUUCAGGUAUUCCAUAUAAGCUUAAAUUAACAACAUCUUUUUUACUUGUAUAUGAACAACUUCUUAUCAAAAACAAAAAGCAACACUUGACCACAUCCCCACUAUUGGUUAAUAUAUUUAACUAAUAUGUAUAUUAAUCAGCAUGAUGCUUUAUUGUACAUGUAUAAGAUUUUAGCAGUUCAUUAUAAAUGGUAAGGCAAUCUAGGCUUUACUUUUUUAUGCUUAUGGAUAUUGUAUAUUUGUAUUUUAAGACCAAUUAGACCAAGUCUAAAGAUAUCUUUUUAAAUGUACCAUAAACCUGCAGAGGGAAAAGGAAGUAUUGGAAGCCUACAUGAAAUAUUAAUGUGUAACUUCUGGCCCCUGUGUUUUGUGCAUGGAUGGAUAUUUAUAGUAUGACAUAAGAUUGUGUUUUGCAAUGAAGUAAUAGUGGAGGUGGUAUAAAAUGGUUAAGAAGGCCUUAUCAAUUUUGAUUGUGAAACAGAUUGAAAUUUAUUGUUUACCUUGAGGAAUGUAUCUAAAGAAUUUAAAAGAGCAGAGUAAUAAGCAGACUCUGAAAAGUUAAUAUUAAAGUUUUGCUUGUAAUGGACAGUAAACAUUUUAAUUCUCUGAACUCUAAAACACUGGUUGUUUGUUUAGAGUGGUUAAAUGAAAUGGAAUCAAUGAAUUUUGAAACCUUUUUUAUUACAUCUCCAGCCUGCUAUACUGAAAGUGCAGGACAAUAAUAAAUCAUGUAUUAAAGUG